UCAAACAGAUCUGACCCCCAGCUGCUUGUGGCACUUUGUGUCACCCUUAAACAACUCAGAAGCAUUGGAUAAAAUUCACAAUCGUGUUAUCCACCUCGAGGGCGGAGCCUACAUGAAAAACACAACUGAUGCGGGCUUAGUCGCUGACACUAAUGGUGGAUGGUUGUCUCUUAAAGAAACCAAUGCUACCUGCUUCAGUGAUCCUGGACAUUGCUCUGAUAAAGGAAUGACGGUGAUGGCCUGGAUCAAACUCAACAAGACUUCACUGACUAACACGACCAGUUCCUACAUCAUGUCUAGUGGUGGCCAGUCCACCAAGUCCCGCGGUUUUGCAGUGGUAUAUCUUGCCAACAAAUAUAUUGUUAUUCUCAGCACGAAAAACAAGCAGUGGAAACUCGACACACCUGUUCUGCCGAGCGGAUGGUUCAACCUCGCUUUCACUUGGCGGGAGGCGGGUCAACUCAAGCUGUAUGUCAAUGGUACCCACGUGACCAGUGGAAACCCUGCUCUAGUUUCCAGACCUCUAGACUCGUUCACAACCUUUGAUAUCGGUCGACCAAACAACUCGGAAAAACCAAUUUACAGAUUCCCAUUAAGAAUCAGCAACUUGGCACUUUGGGAGAGAGAACUGUCACUAGAAGACUUGAAAUCAGCUAUGAGUGCGCCAAAAAGCCAAAACAGUCGACCACAAAACAAGAAGACCUAGAUAGAAAUUCAUCGUAGCAUUUAUUUUAGAAGGAUCACAACGUCUCUGUAGCGGAAGCUCAUUUCUUAGAUUCAAUGAUAUUUGUUGAAUUUCCAUGUUUUUAUUUGAUGUUUCUCGUCUGCUAUAUGCUAAUAAAUAUAAUUAUAAACCUUA